AUGGCCAGCUUCCCGUCCUCUCGACAAGUCGACCCUGGACUCAUCCAGCGGCGGGCAGGGCAGCCGGUCCCAGGAUACCCACCGUGGCCCUCGCCCAUAGUGGACGGCAUCUCCACAGGGCGUCGUCUGGUCCAAGGCGUCCAGCCUCAGGCGGGCCAGACCCGGGGCAUGGGCGGUCCCGAGAGCAGGUACCUUCUCGAUUUCGUCAAGUACCUUUGCCAGGAACCGGAUGCGUGA